AUGCUUAUCCUAGCUAGUUUAUUUCUGCUGUUCGACCAGCCUGUCCCCGACUAUAGUAGGUACACCAUUUCUCUGGGAUUAUUUACGACCUUGAAGUUUACGACGAUUUUCCCCAGAUCUGGAAACAAAGUCAAACAGAACGUGAAGCAGAACGCGACUCCCCACAGAAUCUGCCUUCAAUCUCUGCCCCCAGAGAUAACCGAGGGCAGUCUGCAUGAGUACUUCUCCAAAUUUGGCAUUGUAAAGGACGUUGGACUGCUGAUGGAAGUUAUUUGCCUUGGUCGCGGUUUCGUGGUCUUCCAUGACUCGGACGCCGUAAGUAAGGUGAUGGAGGCCCAGCCGCACAAAUUAAAGGGGAAACGGAUCACCGUGUCUUGCACCGAAGAAGCAGAACCUACAGACCAUGGGUAA